GUAGAGCCUGUGCACUCGGAGUUGUUGAAGGAUUUUCAACACCUUCGUCCUAACCAUUGCGCGGGCCAUUGCGCCGCGGACUGAGCAAAAUCUAAACAUGGCAUCCGAAAAUCACUUCCUGGUGGGCUUUUGCUCGCCGGACCUCACGCUCGGCGAUUUUGGCAAUGAGCUUGGCCGCUUCACACCCUGCUUUGUGGACGUCGCUGUGCUGGGCACCGCCGAGGUGUUUUGCAUCCUGGUGUGUGUGCUGCACCUGCUGCGCACCUUCGCCCGCUGCGGCCGCAAGCACCGCUAUACCGGAGUGGCGCUACGGGUGCAGGUUGUGACCUUGGCGCUGUGUUGCGCGGGCCUGCUCAUCAGCUUGGCACAGCUGAACGCGAGGCUGGGGGCGGCGGCGGCGGCGGCGUGGGGCGGGCUGGGACUGCUGGGGCAGCAGUCGAGCGCCGCCGCAACCCACAACACGCUCACCUUGGGGGAGGGCAGUGACGUCCCACAGCCUGCAGCGACCGCGGCGGCUGCGGAGGUGGCAGCGGCCCUCAGCCGCCGCGCGCUGCGUGCAAUGCUCGGUGCCUGGGUUCGCGGCAGCGGCGGCGACGACGGCGGCGGCGGCGGCGGCGACGCCACCGCCCCUGUGGCUCCGUACGAGUGGGCAGGCUUUGCGCUGUCGUCGGGACGCUGGCUGGCGCUGGUGGCGCUGUUCUCUCGGGAGCUGGUUCCGCCCGGCCACGUCGUGCUACCGGCCCGCUGGCUGGUCCGCUUCGCGCUGGUGCUGGCCGCCAGUGCCGAGCUGGUCAAAGCCCGGUUCCUCAUCUUCGCCCCGCCCCCGGCCCCAUCUGGAUCCGGAUCCGGACCCGGAUCUGGAUCUGGGUCGAACCCGGACUCGGAUCCGGAUUCUGGAUCUGACGGCGAUGGCGCGGCGGCUUUCAGCGCCCAGUACUUCUUCUACAUGUACGUGUCGUACCUGUCCGUACAGCUGGCGCUUGCGGGUCUGGCGCUGGUCUGGCGGCCGGGCAAGGCGACUGGUCUGGUGGAGGCUGAGGACGACCAGCAUGGCGGCGGUUACCUGCCGCUGGCUGGAAGCGAGCCCGACACCUCGGCCGCCGCCGCCACCGCCACCGCCGCCGCCGCCGCCGCCACUGUGUGUCCGGAGGCGCGCGCCGGCAUCUGGUCAAGCCUCACGUUCGCAUGGAUGGCACCGCUCAUCCAGAAGGGCUACCGGCAACCGCUAACCACCAACGACAUCUGGCAACUGCCGCCGGACGACCGCGUGGAUGCCGUGGAGCCCGCCUUCCAAAAGCUGUGGCGGGCGGAGCUGGCGUCUCACGGCGCGGCGGGCGCGGACCUGGGUCGCGCCUGCUGGCGGCUGGUGGCGGCGGAGGUGCUGUGGGCGCUGCCGGCCAAGGCGCUGAACGACGGCAGCCAGUUCGUGGGGCCGCUGUUCCUAAACAUGCUGCUGCAGGUCCUGGCCACGGGCGGUCCCUCCUGGCGGGGUUACGCCGCCGCGGGCUGCAUGUUUGUUGGGUCGGCUGUGGGUGUGUUGGCCGACAACCAGCACUUCCAGCGCGUCAUGCGCGCCGGCUUCCGGCUCAAGGCCGCGCUGGCCGCCGCCGUACACGCCCAACUGUUCCGCCUCACACCCGCCGCCCGGUCACACUUCUCCAGCGGCCGAGUGUACAGCCUGGUGGCCAGUGACGUGGAGUCGCUCAUGGCGCUGUGCCAGAACGUGAUGGGGCUGUUCUCCUCCCCCGUGCGCAUCGUCGUGGCCCUGGUCCUGCUGUACGGCCAGCUGGGCGCCGCCUGCCUCACCGCGGUGGCAGUGCUGGUGGCGCUGGUGCCGGCCAACGCCGCCAUCGUAGCAGCCAGCAACAGGGCGCUCAAGGACGCGUUGGGCCACACCGACGAGCGAACCAAGCUGGAGGCGGAGAUGAUGGCGGGCAUGGAGGUGGUCAAGUGCAGCGCCUGGGAGCAGCCGCUGCAGGACCGCAUCGAGGCGGCUCGCUCCCGGGAGCUAUCCAAGCUGUGGCGGGUGUCUGUGCUUUCCUCGCUGGUGACCUUCCUGCUGCUGUCCGUGCCCGUGCUCAUCCCCGUCACCACCUUUGGCGUCUACCUGGCGCUGGGCCACAGCCUGGACGCAGCCAAGGCCUUCACGUGUUUGGUCCUCUUCAACGUCCUGCGCUUCCCGCUGUUCCAACUGCCCCAGCUUGUGGCCCAGCUCAGCGCCGCGCGUGUCAGCCUGGGCCGCCUCCGUGACUUCCUGGCGGCCGAGUCAGCGGACCCCGCGCCCCCGCUGCCCGCGGCGCAGCCGGGCGCCACGGCUGUGCGGCUGACUGGCGAUUUCGGCUGGGAUCCAAAGCAGCCGCCCGCCCUGGUGGAUCUGGAUCUGGACGUCAAGGCCGGGCAGCUGGUGGCGGUGGUGGGCAGCACGGGCAGCGGCAAGUCCACCCUCAUCAGCGCCAUACUGGGUACGGCGCAGCAGGUGUACGGCUCGCCGCCGUACAUCGCGGGUCGGCUGGCGUACGUGCCGCAGUCGCCCUUCAUCAUCAACGCCACGGUACGGGACAACAUCCUGUUCGGGCUGCCGUACCAGCCGGAGCGCUACGCGGCGGCGCUGGCGGGCGCGUGUCUGGGACCAGACCUGGCGCAGCUGGCGGGCGGCGACAUGACCGAGAUGGGCGACCGCGGCGUCAACGUGAGCGGCGGACAGAAGCAGCGCCUGGCCAUUGCGCGCGCGCUGUAUGCAGACGCGGAUGUGGUGCUGCUGGACGACCCCCUGUCCGCGCUGGACGCCGCAGUGGGGCGCCGCGUGUUCGAGGCGGGCGUGGUCAGGGGCCUGCUCAAGGACAAACGCAAGGCGGUGGUCAUGGCCACGAACCAGCUCCACUUCGUACGGCAGGCGGACAUUGUGGUGGUGCUAUCACGUGAGGGCGGCCGAGUGGCGGAGUGCGGGCCGCCGGCGCAGCUGCUGGCGGCGGGCGGCGCCUUCGCGGCACUCAUGAAGGAAGCGGAAGCCGAGCAGCACGCGCACGAGCAGGAGCAGGAGCAGGAGGGAGCUGCGAAGGACAAGACGACGGAGGCAAAGGAGGGCGUCGGCGCAGUGGCGGCGGAGGCCAAGCCGAAUGGGGAGCAGGAGGCGGAGGGUGCCAAGAAGGCGGCGGCGGCGACGGCGGCGGAGGGCGGCGGCGGGGCUAGCGCCGGCGCGACGGCGGCGCCGCCUCAGCAGGGGCAGGUGGUUCGCAUCACGGCGGAUGAGCGGAGCGGCGAGGGCGUCACAGUGGGCACCACAAUGGCGCACUACCUGAGCGCCAUGCCCAUGCCUCUGGGCCUGGGUGCUGCCGCCGCCGCCGCCUGGCUUCUGGGCGGCUUCGCGGCCAGUGAGGCGCUGCGGGUGGCCACCACAGUGUGGCUGGCGCAGUGGACAGGCUCACCCGACAACACGGGGGGAGGGGGUGGCGACCCGGACCCGGAUGCGGAGGGGCGGCGGGCCAUGUGGUACCUGGGCGUGUACGGCGCCAUCAGUGCCGUACAGCUGGCGGUGCAGGCCGUGAACACGCUGGAUGUGAGCCGCCUGGGCCUGGGCGCCGCACGCAAGCUGCACUCGCGGCUGCUGGCCAGCCUGUUGGGCGCGCCCAUGUCCUUCUUCCACGCCACACCCCUGGGCCGCAUCGUCAACCGACUCACCAAGGACACGUCUGACAUCGACCGCAACCUGGCGCCCAUGUCUGCCAUGGCCGCAAGGUCCGCCCUGCAGCUGGUGUCCACACUGGCGCUGGUGGGCGCGGUGGCGCCCUUCGCACUGCCGGCUCUGGUGGUGAUCCUGGCGGCCUUCUACUGGCUGUACCAGUACUUCCAGGCCUCAGUGCGGCAGGUGAAGCGGCUGGACGCGGUGGCUCGCUCGCCGGUCAUGUCCUCCCUCACCGAGGCGCUCACCGGCACCUCCACCUACAUCGCGUACGGCGCACAGGCCCGCGCCACGGCCCGGCACCGCGUGCUGCUGGACGGCGUCAGCUGCAUGGCGCUGGUGUCGCAGUCUCUCAACCGCUGGCUGAGUGUGCGGCUGGAGGUGCUGGGCGCGGCGGCGGCGCUGGCGGCGGGCUGUGUGGCGGUGGAGCAGCGGGCGGGGCCGGGCGCGGCGGGACUGGUCAUGAGCUACGCAUUGCAGGUGACCGCGGCUGUGUCCAUCACAGUGCGCACAGCCAGUAUGGCCGAGACCAUGUUGAACGCGGUUGAGCGGGUGGUGGAGUACUGCGACCUGCCGCAGGAGGGGAACAAGCAGCUGCCGCCAGCUCCACCUUCCUCCGGAUCUGGAUCCGGAUCUACUGGUUCUGGAUCCAGCGGCAGCGGCAGUGGAUCCCAGCAGGCGCCCCCUCCAGGCUGGCCGGCGGCGGGCUGUGUGGAGUUCAAGAACGUGGCACUGAGGUACCGGCCCGGACUGCCGCUGGUGCUGCGGGGUGUCAGCUUCAAGGCGGAGGCCCGGGACAAGAUUGGUGUGGUGGGCCGCACUGGCGCCGGCAAGAGCAGCUUGCUGGGGUGCCUGUUCAGGCUGGUGGAGGUGGAGCGAGGCCAGGUCCUGAUUGACGAUGUCGACAUUUCCAAACUGGCGCUGAGGCAGCUGCGAGCGCGGCUGAGCCUCAUUCCGCAGGUGCCGGUGCUGUUCACCGGCUCCAUACGCGCCAACCUGUCCCCCUUCGGCGCCCACACAGACGCCGAGCUGUGGGGGGCGCUGCGCCGCGCACACCUGGCGCCCGUGGUGGAGGGCUGGGCCGGCGGGCUGGACACCGAGUUGGCCGAGGGCGGCGCGCCGCUGUCGGCCGGUCAGAAGCAGCUGCUGGCGCUGGCGAGGGCGCUGCUCAACCCGGCAAAGGUGCUGGUGCUGGAUGAGGCCACCGCCAAUGUGGAUGUGGAGACGGACGCGCUCAUCCAGUCCACGCUGCGCUCCCAGUUCCCGGACCGCACGCUGCUGACCAUUGCGCACCGCCUGGCCACCAUCAUCGACUACAGCCGCAUCCUGCUGCUGGAGCAGGGCAGGGUGGUCGAGUACGACACCCCGUCUGCGCUGCUGUCCAGACCAGACAGUGCCUUUGGUCGUCUGGUGGACGAGACCGGUCCGGCGGCGGCGGCGCAGCUGCGGCGUCUGGCGGCUGGCGGCGGCGGCGCGGUGCAGGAGAUGCUGGACGCACCUGCGAAGGCGGCUCUGGUCCGACUAACCUCCUUCUCCUCGCCAGCCGCCGCCGCCGCUGCAGCCACCGCCGCCACAGCCGCGCCGCAGCCCGGCGGCGCCGCCGGCUCCUCCUUCUUCUCCCGCGCCUCCUCCAUUAUGCGCCGUAGCGGCCGACUACUCAGCGGCGGCGGCGGCGGCGGCGGCGGCUUGAUGCCCGCCGACGGCGGCUGUGAUUUUGCUGGCGGCGGCGGCGGCGUGGCGGCGGCGGCGGCAGGCGGCGGCGAUGAGUCAGCCCUGGCGGCGCUGCAGCUGGAUGGGCGGGAGAGUCUGGCGCAGCUGGCGGCUCUGGUGGCGGGCCGCUCGUGUGCCGUGGUCCGGACCGUCAAGUCCCUGCGCCAAGAGCUGGAGCAGUACCAGGCGCAGCAGUCGGCGGCGGCGGCGGCGGCGGCGGCGGUGUACGGCGGCGGCGUGUCAGUGGGCGCCGCCGUUGAUGACGUGGCGUUGGUGCUGGGGGCGGCGGGCGGCGGCGGUGGCGGCGGCGGCGGCGGCGGUUCUGACAGCGAUGGCGAUGGCGGCGCAGCUGGCGGCGGCGGCGGCGGCGUUGGUGGUGGUGCGGGCAGGGGCCGUCGCGGGGAUGGCGGUGAGAGGGUAGGGGCGGCGGCGGUCGAAGGUAGUGGUGUGGUGGGCGUGGCGUCGGCGGCGACGGUGGCGGCGGCGCGGCUGGCCCUCGUGCGGUGUGUGGCGUUGCUGGAGGAGGCGAGGGCCGGGGCGGCGGCGCUGGGGCGGGCGCUGGCGGCGGCGGGGCUGGGUGACGUGGCGCCGGCUGCAGCAGUCGGAGGGGGUGUUGCAGGCGGCGAGGCGGCGGCUAGCGCGCCUGAGAGUGCGUGAUUCACCAGGCGUGACAGGCACGCGCGCGGCCAGGAGUCGCGUUGCGUGUGCGUACGGUAGCAGGGUACCUCGCAUUCGGUAGAGCGGUGAUGGUGAGGGGCUUUUUGUCAGCUGUGAUCGAUCGUAUUGCCAUUGUGCGUUGUGUAUGUGUGUGCGUUGUGUGUUUGUGUUUGUGUGUGUGUGUGUGUGUGUGUGUGUGUGUGUGUGUGUGUGUGUGUGUGUGUGUUGUGGCAAGGCAAACGUCGGUGUACGCCACUAGGGCCAUAUAUCAUACAGUUGUCUAGCAGUCAAAGAGGAGGUGUUUCAAAAGACGCAAUUGGGCAAGUAAUAUAGGGAUUUGGUUUGAUUUGGGUGUGGUUGCCUGCAUGGGAUGCCCAUUAUGGGUUCCGCGCCUAGGCGCACGUUGCGCGCGUGUAGAGCGAUUAAAGCGGGGCAGGCGGGGUGAGGCCGGGCACGCACAGCAGGCGGUGUGUGGCCGCUGCGUCCGCCGUGCAGUGUCGCCCGUGCAACCCACCCGCACCCCUGCGUGCUAUUUGAACAAGCCAUUGCAGUAAUCGUCUGUCCUCGCGCUCUCCCGCUGCACUGCUGUGAAAGGAGCGGGCGCGUGCCCUCUGUGGCCCCUGGCACGUGCCCUCUGGUUCCCCCCCUCAUUUUAC